AUGCACUUCCGAAUUUUUCUCUUGGCAGCGCUUAGCUGCCUAGUUAUAGGCCAGACACAAGCCCAGGUACCAGCCCGUCGAAAUGUAUCGCAAGCGGGUCCAGUGGCGCCUCCGAAUUUGGCGCGCGACCUAAAGUCCUUACUGCGCGCCAUACCCAAGAAACAAAUUCGCGAUCUUGUGCACGCAUAUUUACUGAACGAUGCCGAGUUCCAGGCUGUAAUACGUGCCAUCAAUAGUAUUCCGGCUUAUCGCGCCCGUCAGUCACUGCUCAACCAGCCUGAGGUGCGCCAACUGAUCCUGUGGGUGGGCCAGCAGCUUUUGUUGUCUGGCGCCGGCUCCUGGGAAAUUGUUGAUGACUUGGAAAUCUCAAUCUUCAACAAGUAUCCCUACUGGGCCCAAACGGUGCAGGGUAUACGUGGCUUCCAACUGGAGCUUGCAUCCAUAUACCCUGUGGAGCUAGUGCGUUCGCUUUUAGAAUCCAGUGGGCAGCAGAGUCCAGUCUUGGGCGAGUUGUGGCGUCGUCUGCUCGCCCUGAAACCCGCCUACGAACGUUGGUUGGCCUUGCCUCAGGUCAGGACUGUAAUCAACCGCUUGGGUGCUUUGGGCGUCGAUUUGGAUGGGGUGGACGCGAUAGUGCGCUAUCAACUGGGCUGGAGCAAUGCCACCUUUAACAGUUAUCCCGACUACGAUUAUAGGAAUUACCCGGGUUUUUAAAAAAAUCACAAUUUUAGUGAAUUUUUAUGUUUGUGGCACUACAUACAAGUAUUUAUAAUUAAAGGACAUGCAUUCCAAAA